AAUUGGGAGGAGGAGGAGACUGCAAGGAUAGGCCCAGGAGCAAUGGCAUCCAAAGAGGAACAAGCAGUAAAAAAUCUCAACAUGGAGAAUGCCAAAGAGAAGGAUGAAAAGGAGCAAGUUGCUAAUAAAGGAGAGCCCUUGGCCCUCCCUUUGGAAGCUGGUGAAUAUUGUGUGCCUAGAGUAAAUCAUAGGUGGUUCUGUGUUAGGCAGCCCAUCCUGCAGUAUAGGUGGGACAUGAUUCAGAGGCUUGGAGAACCACAGGCAAGGAUGAGAGAGGAGAAUAUGGAAAGGAUUGGGGAGGAGAUGAGACAGCUGAUGGAAAAGUUGAGGGAAAAGCAAUUCAGUCAUAGUCUGUGGGCAGUUAGCACUGACCCUCCUCACCAUGACCAUCAUGCAGAGUUUUGUCUUAUGCCUUGAAUCUUGAUGUUUUCCCUGAAGUUAAUAGGAAGACACACC